AUGGUGAUCGGACGCAAGGUAACGCGUCGCACCAACAGGACGACCUCAUCUGCUCGAAAAUCCGCGACUCGCAAAGCUCGCGAUUCUUCUCCGGAACCGGAUUCUCCGUUGACUUUCACAAUCUCGCCGAACAGCGUUCAUUCACCAUACUAUCUCACGAGCGGUGAUAAUCCUGGUCAUUCGAUCAUCUCCGAGGUACUUGAUGGCUCCAAUUAUGAUAAUUGGCGUAUUGCAAUGAAUAUCGCUCUUGAUGCUAAGAAUAAGCUCGCUUUUAUCGAUGGAUCCAUUGUUAGGCCUAGUGAAUCGGAACAAAUUUUCAGGAUAUGGUCUCGGUGUAAUUCAAUGGUGAAGUCAUGGAUUCUAAAUUCGGUUUCUAAGGAAAUUUACAAAAGCAUUUUGCGAUUCAGUGAUGCUUCUGAGAUCUGGAAAGAUCUUUCGACUCAUUUUCACAUCACCAGCUUACCGCGAUCCUACCAACUGUCUCAACAAAUUUGGUCAUUGAAUCAAGGUUCUAUGGAUCUUUCGACCUAUUAUACUAAGUUGAAGACACUAUGGAAUGAACUGGAUGGCACUAGCUGUGAGAAAACCUGUCAUACUUGUGAUUGUUGCAAAUCAAUGGCGAAGAAGUCUGAUCAUGCUAAGGUGAUAAAGUUUUUGGCUGGUUUGAAUGAUUCUUAUGUUGUGGUUCGGAGUCAAAUCAUCAUGAAGAAGAAUGUUCCUACUCUAUCUGAAAUCUACAAUCUCUUGGAUCAAGAUCACAGCCAACGCACCAUUCUUCCAGUCCAAAAUGCUUCUGCAUUUCAGGUCACUGUUCCUGAUGCUAAUCCUGCUUCCGCCAAUGCAGCUUCAUAUCAGUCUCCGAAACCUCCUCGUUCUACUCGUCCUGUUGUGGCUCAAGUUACAGUUCCUCCUGCCCACAACGUUGCUCCUGAGAGGUUGAAUCAGUUGUCUAAAGAUCAGAUUCAGGGGGUUAUCGACUACUUCAAUGCUCAACUUCAGCCUUCCAUCAAUCAGUUAUCAGAGGAAACGUCUACUUCUGGUGGACUUAUCACUGCACUUCCUGGUAUGGCAUUCUCUUCUUCUACAUUACAUUUUGUGGGAGCCCUAAGAGCCACCGGAAAUGCUUUGAAUUCUGAUUCCUGGAUUAUUGAUAGUGGAGCUACUCAUCACGUUUGUCACGAUAAGUGCUUAUUUGAGAUGCUCUCUGAGGAUAUACAUUAUUCUGUUACUUUACCAACUGGUUCAGGAGUUCAAAUCGCAGGAAUUGGAAGUCUUAAAUUAUCUGAGCACCUGGUUUUGAAAAACAUGCUGUAUAUUCCUGAUUUUCGACUGAAUCUUCUGAGUGUCAGUCAGCUAACUAAAGAUUUGGGGUAUCAUGUUUCCUUUGACAGUGCUUCUUGUGUGAUACAGGAUCCUAUCAAGGGAUUGAUGAUUGGUCAGGGUGAAGAGAUUGCUAAUCUAUACGUCUUGGAUGUUGCUUUCGUACCCACUGUUGAAGGUUACAGGCAUUUUCUCAAUAUUGUGGAUGAUCAUACUCGUGCGACGUGGGUCUAUCUGUUACGCACAAAAGACGAGGUGUUGCGAGUCUUUCCUGCUUUCUUGACGAUUGUGGAGAAUCAGUACAAGUGUUCGGUGAAGGGAGUUCGUUCUGAUGAUGCUCAGGAAUUGAAGUUUGUGGAUCUCUUCUGA